AUUUGGAUCCAUUAUUAUUCAACUGCAUAUGUCAAUAAUAUAUAUAUUUUGUUUUACAGGGUAUAGACCAACCGAGCACAUCUCAAAGGAACAAUAGUACAGAAAUUGAGCAUGCCCAAGCUGGACCAGUAGAAAUGAUUUCUAUAUUAUUUCCAUCCCUUCGCCAACGACUAUCAAAUUUACAAAAGCUUCACUUGGGCGAGUGUGGUUUGUUAAAAGUGGCUUUCCCUCCCUCUAUCGCUCAACAAUUGGUGCAGCUUAAAGAGUUACAAAUCCAUUAUUGUUUUGAGAUAGAAUAUAUUGUUGCGGAAACACAAGAAGAAGAAAAAGACAAGAGAAUAAGCAAAAUAGUGUUUCCCAACCUAAUUUUGCUUCAACUUCUUAGCCUACCAAAGCUGAUGGCUUUUUGUGCAGACAAUCAUAUUUCUUUUGAUUGGCCCUCAUUAGAAAACUUUUCGUUGUUUGAGUGUCCUAAAAUGGAGAAACUUUGUUCUGCAAUUCCAGACUCAUCUACAUUGAAGAAUAGUUUUGAUCAAAGUGGUCUCAGUGGCAAGGAAGUCAUGUAUCCAACAAGCUCAGUUAUUCAACGGUUAGUAAGAAGAGGAAGAAAGCAAAAAGAUGUUUCCAACAAAGAGGAUAUUGAACAGCAGAACACAUCUCGAAUGAAUAAUAAGACAGAAAUUGAGCAUGCCCAACUCCAAUUUACAAAUGGACCAGUAGAAAUUAUUUCUAUAUUAUUUCCAUCCCUUUGUUUACUAUCAAAUUUGCAAAAGCUUGAGUUGGAAAAAUGUCAUUUGGUAAAAGUGGUUUUCCCUCUCUCUGUAGCUCAUCAAUUGGAGCAGCUUAAAUAUUUAAGCAUAUGUUAUUGUCCUAAGGUGGAAUAUAUUGUUGCAGAAGCACAAGAAGAAAAAAACAAGAGAAUAAGCCAAAAAGUGUUUUCUAACCUAAUUUGGCUUUAUCUUUCUGUGCUACCAGAGCUGAUGGCUCUUUGUGCUGACAGCCAUAUUUCUUUUGACUGGCUCUCAUUAAAAGAAUUUACAUUGGUUGAUUGUCCCAAAAUGAAGAUUCUUUGUUCUACAAUUUCAGACUCAUCUACAUUGAAGAAAAGUUUUGAUCAAAGUGACCUCAGUGGCAAGAAAGUCAUGUGUCCAAUAAGCUCAAUUAUUGGAGGGUUAGUAAGAAGAGGAGGAGAGCAAAAAAAUGUUUCCAACAAAGAGGUUUCAUUAAUCAAGAAUCAGGAGGAUCCAUCUGUUAGCCAUAUUGAUGAAAAGACAGAGACAUAUUAUGCAUUUCCAUCCAAAUUGAUUGAAGGGUUGCAAAAUUUGAAAAUGCUUGAAAUUACUGCUCGUGGUUCAGUGGAAGUGAUAUUUUCAUUUGAGGGGCUGAUUCUCGAGGAAUACCAUGCUACUACUGGAGUACUCAAUUCUAUGGAAGAGAUGUAUUUCAAGAGGUUAUCAAAUUUGAAGCACGUAUGCUUUAAGAUUCCAUCAGAAAUCAAAGCCUUCCAAAACCUAAAAAGGUUGGUAGUAGAAUCUUGUGACAAUUUAAUAAACCUUUUCUCACCUGGCUUGGCCAAACUUCUAGUGAAGCUACAAGAAAUAGAGAUUACUAGCUGCAAGAUGAUGGAGGAAAUUAUUGGAAAAGAGGAUGAAGAAAAACAAGAAGAAAGCAUGCAAAAAAUUCUGUUCCCUCAACUAAGCUCUCUGACUUUUGGGAAUUUACCCAACUUCAAGGGUUUUUACAGUGGGAUUUAUGCACUUGAAUUGCCAAAGAUACAACAACUAAAAAUAAUUGAUGAGAAAUGCACUGUAAAUGAAUCGCUGUUGACAAGAUUACUCAUCCGUCGCAAGAAUACUUUGAGAAGGAUAGAGGAUGGCCAACCAUCAGAUGGUGAUUUAAGUAAUGUACGUGUUUUGGAUGUUGAAAACUGUCAAGACUGGGUGAAUUUGAUUCCCUACACUCUGAUAGAAUGUGUACAAAAGUUGGAAAAGCUUUAUGUGGUCAACUGCGGUUCAUUGAUGGAGAUAUUCGAUUUUGAAGGAGUGAAUGCUGAUGAUGGAAAUGUUGUAACACUCUCUCACUUUGAAGAAGUCUGGCUAUGUCAUCUACCAAAACUUGUGCACAUAUUCAACAAAAUUCCAAAAAAUGUCAUUGGCUUUCAGAAGCUGAGAAAGCUAGAAGUUUAUGAAUGCGACAGUUUGAGAAACAUAUUAUCAGUUGCCGUGGCUAAGUGUCUUGUACAACUCCAAAAACUAGACAUAACGAGAUGCCAUACGUUGGAGGAAAUAAUAGUUCCAAAAGAGGAUGAAAAAGAAGAAGAAGCAAGCAAGGACAUAAUUGUGUUUUCUAAACUAAAGUCUCUGACAUUUGAAGAGCUACCCAGUUUCAAGAGUUUCUGCAAUGGGAUUUACGCCCUUGAAUUUCCAUUAUUAGAAAAUUUGAAGUUUAGGGAAUGUAAUGGGAUGAAGACAUUCUCUUAUGGAUCAUUAAGCAUGCCAAAGCUAAAGGAACUUAAAAUAAAUGAUGAGAACCAUCAAUUAAUGGGAACUCCAGACCUUAAUUCAACAAUGAGUCACUUGUUCAAGGCAAAGGGAAAAGUGGUAUUGAAUCCUUAAACAGGAGUAAUGCUUGACAAAUUCAGCGAAGACAUGAAAAAAGGGAGAUUUAGAACUCCGGGACUGCUGGAUCCUUGCUAUUGCUCUGGUUUCCUCGGACUUGUUUGUUGUUUCUUUGGGCUUCCUAUUCUUUUGGUGGUCUUGGUGCUGUUGGUGUCGUGUUGCCGCUUUGUUUUUCUUUGGGUUUGCUUUGUUUUUCUUUGGAUUUGCUUUGCUGCUUCUUGAUGUGCUGCUGCUCUUGGAACCUGUUGUCUGUUGUUAGUUAUGGGUCCGCUGACCUGACCUUUGAUCAUUUUGCUUUUGUUUUGAUGCUAUUAUGUUUAUUUGCUUCUUAGAAAUUUCUUUUCAUUGCUUU